AUGGCUCCACUCUGGAAUGCCCUUUAUCUAGGAGUUGAGAAUGAUUCUCCAAUGUUUACAAUUCUGGCUGGAAAAUCAGUUCAAUUUAAGGAAGGGACCCUGAAGCCUCCAGAGAUCAAGUCAAGUGUUGAUCUUCCAGAGAGCAUUGAUCUUUUUGGGCAGAAGAUCAAUUUGUCACCCGCACGGCAGGUAGUCAAUCCUCUGCAAGAUGCUGUGGCAGGUAUAGCAAGAUCUAUUUCUGGCCAAUCUCCUCUUAAGAUUCCUAUUCCAGGCGAGCGGGCAGCAUCUUGGCUUCUUGUCACGUAUCUUGACAAGGAUCUUCGUAUUUCGAGAGGGGAUGGUGGCCUUUUUGUGCUUGCUAAAGAAGGAAGUCCUCUUCUAGAUCAGUAG